AUGUCCUCCGGAAUCCGACACCAGGCUGUGAAAGGCUUAGCUUUGCUAGGCAGGACCGCGCCGAGUAAACCUGUAUGUGUCGCUUGUCAAGCCAACACUCGACUACAUGCCCAAUCCCAGAGCCACUCGAAUAACGCUUGGCCCCGGCAAACGAGGAAGAGUAAUGAAUUCGCUGUGGGGUCACAGGGAUCACCUAGAGCUACUGCUCCAAAGCACAAGGUCACGGAUUCCUUAUUGAAGGCUCAGUUCCAAGCGGCUUGGAACCAUUCUCCCCAACCAGUCCCUAAGCAGGUGCUACACGCCGCAUAUCCUCUCGUCUUUCGGCGUACCUUGCGGUCCCACCUAGACCCGCAUAUACGGACGAUAGCUCCCCUCGUUGCCCCGCUUCUCGAAGAACGCGAUUUGUCAGCUGAAGAACGGCGGCAGAUCCUUGUCCUUCUGGGCCACUGCUAUCUUUGUACAGCCGCAAAAGGCCUGUUCGUUGGACAGAACGUUCAGCGGAUAGGCGACGUCUACGGUCGAGCAUUAGUUCGGGAGGCGCUUGGCUCGUUGGGCAAUGUCGAGCAACUUAGAACAUACCUUGAUGGACUCGAGUCUGUUCUCAAAGGUCUCUCGAAUAGCGGGGCCACACCAGUCUUGGGGCCGGAAAUCGUUGGUGCUUGGGCAGUGUUGAGAGAAUCGGUCGGGGUGAAGGGUGAUACGAAUCAAUCGUAUGUCUGGCCCAGAGCUCAGGAUGUGCAAGAAUUCAUGGCCGAUGCCCUCAAAGCUACUGGAGCAGACGGUCAAAACUAUUCCGAGGCAUUGUCGACUCUCAUGAGUGCUGGGAAACCCUCGGAUCACCUGCCUCGAACCAAGGAUGCACUUGAAGCCGAGCUGGCCAGUAUGCGCAACCGAGGGGACUGGGAGGCUAUCGUACUGCUGUGGCGUAACGUCUACUCCGCGUUGUCGCAUGACACUUCCGCCGAAGGAAUACUCGACCCUUCUCCCGAUAUACGGUUUUCGGUCCUCUCUUCAUUCCUCCUCACGUUUCGCCGGCCUGUCCCCCACCUUGCCGACAUCCCCGUCGAUCCACCCCCACCUGCAUUCACUAAGUAUGCCUCUGAAGUGCUGUCUCUGUGUCCCAAGCCCCUUCCUAAAGUCAUCGCAUAUACCCUACUUGCUCUGAGAGUGAGACCCGACGAAGACACGGGGUUGAGGGCGGGGCACGAAGUGUUUGAACUGGGCACAGAUGAGCGAAGGUCUGGCGAGCAAGGAGCUCUGAGCAAUCUGAAAAGCACUUGGAAAGAAAGUGGAGAAAGAGAUCUCAAGAUGUACAUGAUGUAUCUGGAAGGUCUGGGAAGGCUCGGGGAUCUCGAUGGGUUGAAGGAGGCAUGGGGCGAACUUGUGGAAGACGAGGCGUGUAAGCACGACUAUCUGAGAGAAGAAAAGCUACGCCCUGAUUCACCAUUUCCUCCUAUCCACGCUCUCAACCAAAUGAUCUCUGCAUGCCUUCUCAUUCCCCUGGACGGUCCUAUCAUCGCCCUUGAUCUUUUUUCCCAAGCUUCACGCGCCGACUCUGCAAUCCCUUGCAAUCUCAUCACAAUCAACACCGUCCUCCGCCACCAUGCACGCGAAGCAGACAUUCCUAGCAUGUCUACCCUAUUUCAACAAGCUGUGGAACUAGGCCUCGCUCCAGAUGUGGUCACCUAUACCACGCUGGUCCAAGGGCUGCUUCGCGCUCGGCGCUUGGAUUUGGCCAAGAGUGCGAUGGACAUGAUGCACAAGCAAGGCAUUGUGCCCAAUCAGCGCAUGUGCAGUAUGUUGAUUGCCGACCUGGCGAAACCUGGGACCAAGCUGGGCCUGGAGCAUGCUGAGGAAAUGCUGAGACUGAUGUAUCAGAAGAAUAUGCGGACGAAUGAAGUAACCUGGACGGCGUUGAUCUCCGGCUACUUCUAUGGAGGGUGGGAUGGGCAAGCUUGGGAGGCCAUAGAGAGGAUGGAGAGGCUGGGAAUCAGGCUGAAUAGGGUGGCGUACAAUAUGAUGUUGAGGCAACUCGGGACUGGGGAGGGAGAGACGGUGGAUACGAUGAUGAUGUUGUGGCACAAGCUGCUAAGGCAGAAGAUCAACCCCAACAGCGACACCUACUUGCUACUACUCAGUGCGCUUUCCAGCGCGUCCAGGUGGGCAGAGGUGGAUGAGGUAAUGAGAGAGAUGACGAGAAGGGAAUACAAGCCGGAGAAGGGUGCGUUGGCGAGGCUCAUAGAUAACAUCGAUAGAAAGAGGUAG